AUGACUCCAGUACACUUCAGCUUCAGUUCAGCAUUCGUAUUAGGGCUAAUAGGACUAGCAUUUCACCGAACCCACCUAUUGUCUGCCCUAUUAUGCCUUGAGGGUAUAAUGCUAUCAUUAUUUAUUGCACUGGCCCUAUGGGCCUUACAGUUCGAAUCAACAGGAUUUUCCGCCGCACCAAUACUCCUGCUAGCGUUUUCCGCUUGUGAGGCUAGUGCAGGACUCGCACUUCUAGUUGCCACGGCUCGAACUCAUGGAACCGACCGCCUCCAAAACCUUAAUCUCCUACAAUGCUAA